AUCUUAUUAAGUGGAUAUAAAGAGGGGAGGCGAGAACUAAAGAUGCUAUAAUUCUUCAUCUUGAAAAUAGUAGCCAUAACCCGUCCUAUUAUGUCUUUAGAACGAGCUCUUGCGAAGAAGAUCUUUUCUCUACCCCAGGAAACCCUUGACGAAGUAAAGGAUCAUCCUCUCAAAGUGAUUGAACUCAUAGAAAAGUAUGCGUCACCACAAUCUAUAUUCAUAGGUCGAGAAAAAGCAAGGAUCAUUAUUGAAAAAGUUCGCAAGUAUUCCACUAAUGGGCCUAAGCACUUGGCAGAAUUGGGAUGUUAUGUGGGGUAUUCCGCCAUCCUUCUUGGUGCUGAGUUUGCGAAGGAUAGACCAGACGUUCAAUUCUAUUCAUUUGAAAUCAAUGAAGAAUUUGCAGAAAUUGCAAAGAAGUUUAUUGAUUUGGCAGGCCUCUCUGAGCAAGUUCAAGUCAUCGUAGGCCGGGCAUCGCGAACUCUUCUUGAGUUCGGCAGUAGAGAGCCCUUUGACUUUAUAUUAAUAGACCACGCCAAUGACUUGUAUGUACCUGACUUGAGGCUUUUGGAAAGUCUUAAUUUGAUUGCCCCAGGAACAAUCAUAGUUGGGGAUAAUAUUCGGUACCCCGGCGCUCCAGAUUACCACGAAUAUGUAAAUUCAUCCCCAGAACAAAAGAGGAUACAUAACUAUCUGGUGGUAAACGUAGCUGGAAAUCAAUAUCCUGGACGGUGGAACUAUUUGUAUGAAUCAGAACAGGUUGAUGUACACAUGAAAAAUUAUAACCAGUUGGAUACAAUUGAAAUUACAAGAUGUGUAGAAUAUUUAAGUGGAUAGUCUACUACAAAGAAUAAAUAUUUGUGAUUCAA